CCUAUACUGAAACGUACAUGCCAGGCUCACGUUUCCAUCCACUCUGCAGCUGGUAUACCUUGCUGCGUUCUUCUCUGCCGCACACGGUAAUUGUUUUGCCCAUCCCGGGGUUUCAUUCGGUGGUAUUGGCCGUGCUUGCGAGCGCUUUGCUACCGCACCUCGCGACCCCCUAACAUUCACAUGCUCGACACGUCUCGGGCACUUUACACUCGGCAAACGCCGCUGCGAAUGGCUACGAAAGGGGAAACGACAAGGAGAAACACAGCCGACUGGACGGCAGGACACAAAACAAGGCCUCGCGGCCAUGGAGUUCAUCAUAAAGUUCGCGCAGACACACGAGACGUUUCGGCUGGCUGAGAUCGAGGCCCUCGCUAUCACUGAGGGUGUCGACCUGACGGUCAUCGAGUACAGUGACCAGUCACCACUAUGCCUGGUUUCGCUUCCCUCGGUCGAGGCAGCGCGAAAACUCAUCAGGCGGUCCAUCCUUGCCCAGUCAAUCCAUGAGUUCUGGGCCAAAGGUGACACCCUUUCCACCCUCCAUGAGUCUGUCAAGCUGCGGACAUCCCAUCUCUGGCCACAGUACAAGGAGCCCACCUUCAAAUUCGACGUCGAGUACUUCCAGGGAGCGCGCACCGCCGCCCAGCGGUUGGCCAUCAUCAACUCCUUCGACUACCUGCCCUUUGACGGGCCCAUACGCAUGAAAGACCCGGAGCAUACCUUCACCGUCUUUGAGAUCUGGCCCUUCGACAGUGUUCCCCUGGGCAUCGACAAGCCGGACAUGGUAUACUUUGGCCGCUUCGUGGGUGCCUCGUCACGCGACGUCAUCCUCAAAUUUGACCUGAAAAAACGUGGGUACAUAUCUACCACCAGCAUGGACUCCGAGCUAUCACUAGUCACCGCGAACAUCGCAUUGGCCUCGCCAGGAAAGCUCUUCUAUGAUCCCUUCGUCGGUACAGGCUCAUUUCCUGUCGCAUGCGCGUACUUUGGCGCCAUAGGAUGGGGCAGCGACAUUGACGGACGCAGCUUCCGCGGCAUGGGCGGUCACAAAAGCUUGCGCGGAAAUUUCGAGCAGUACGGCCUCCAGUCAUGCCUGGGCGAUGUCUUUGCCGCAGAUCUGAUGAACUCGCCCAUUCAGAUGGGCCGGAGGAUCUGGGAUGGAAUUGUGUGCGACCCUCCCUACGGGGUGCGAGAAGGCCUGAGGGUCCUCGGCCUUAGAGACCCGGAAAAGACCCCCUGGCUCAUAGAGAAGGGGAAAAGGGAUGGAUCGUAAGUGGUUGAGUGAACUGAUCACCAGAACCCCUUUCACACAGACCAAUGGGCAGUAUCCAGCUUACACUGACCCGACUCAGGUUGCCGGACUUUGUGGCGCCCAAGAAACCCUACAGCUUCUUCGCCAUGCUCAACGACAUCCUCGUAUUCGCUUCAGGAACCCUCGUAGACAACGGGAGGUUGUCAUUCUGGAUGCCAACUGCCAACGACGAGGAGCAAGAGAUACCCGUGCCGACGCACCCAUGCCUCGAAGUAGUGGCUGUAUGUGUCCAGGUGUUCAAUAAAUGGUCCAGGCGACUCAUUACCUACCGGCGCAUACCCGACAACGAGGUGAUACCAUUGGCACUCGAGGCAUACAACGCCAAGAGCAAGGCCGAAUCAAUCGGCACAACCGCUGACGAGCUGAACCCGUUUCGGCGUGGUUACUUUAGGAAGUUCGAGGCGAGUGAGUAGAUGGCAUGGCACAAUUAGAGGAGAGCAUGCCAGAACGGUGCUCGUAUUCGACGUGGACAACCGCCCGUGGCUCAAAAAAAUGGUCCUCAGCCACUGUUCAGAGGCUCGAGCGCAAAUUUCCCACUCCCAUCACAUGUAGUAUUUUAUGCCCAUCUGGCGCAGAGCAUCCGGGUAAGCGGCGUGUCCGGCCGCCGGCAGGCGGGCCGGCAAGCGUGCCGUCUUCCAAUACAC